AUCGGUUUCUACAUCAUGUGGUGGACAAACAUGUAUAAUGAAUCCGUACUAGAGAAUUUAAUACUUCGUCCAAACGCCACGGCCACGGAAUGGUGGGCCAAACCGCCCGUCUAUCCACUGCUGAAGGUGCACAUCUUCAACUAUACCAACACAAAGGAGUUCCUUGCGGGCGUGGACUCGAAGCUGAAGGUGAAAGAUCUCGGUCCGUACGUGUACAAGGAAACGGCCGAGAAGCGAAAUGUCGUCCACAACACGGACGGAACCAUUUCCUAUCGGGAUUACCGCUACAUCCAGUACGAGCCCCUAGAGUCUGAUGGAAAACCGUUCGACCAGGUCGUCGUUCCGAACGUGGUAUUCCUCUCGGCGGUAGCGAAAAAGCGGUCCGAGACGUACUGGUCGAACAUGAUGUUCAACACUGCUGCAAUUGGGUUGGGAGCCGCGCCGUUCAUGACGUUGCCGGCCGAUUCCUUCAUCUGGGGCUACGAGGACAGCCUGCUGGGCCUUGCCAAAACGUUUUUCACCGAUGGCAUCGACUCAACCACCUUUGGCAUGCUGAUGUCGCGCAACGGAACCAGUGCGGAAAAUUUUACCAUUUUCUCGGGCGAAUCCAGCCUCCAGGAUCUGGCCAUCAUCAAGCAGAUGGAUGGCAAGUCCCGCUUGGAUCUGUGGCAUACGGACGAGUGCGACCUGGUCGGUGGUACCGAUGGGACCCAGUUCCCACCGCACCUCAUGGAGGGCCGGCAGACGCUGCAGGUGUUCAUAAAGUCGCUCUGCCGGAAGUUCCCGCUCGUCUACGACAGCGAGGUGACGGCGCUGGACGGCAUUCCGGCGUGGCGCUACAAGAUCCCGACGACGGUGUUCGCGCAUCCCGACAAGCACAAGCCGAACCACUGCUUCUGCCACCUGCAGUCCGGCGCGUGCCCUCCGAGCGGCCUGUUCAACGUCAGCGGUUGCUCGAUGGGGGCGCCCAUCUUCGCCUCCUUCCCACACUUCUACACCGGCGACCGGCAGCUGAUCGACUCGGUCGAGGGCCUCGAGCCGGUGCAGGAGCUGCACGAGUCGUACGCCGACAUUCACCCGCGGCUCGCCUUCCCGAUCGACGGAGCGUCCCGGUUUCAGAUCAACAUCCAGGUGCAGAAGGCGUCCGGAAUUACAGGGUUGGAGAAGUUCCAGGAUGGCCUGUACCUUCCGGUGCUCUGGCUCGAGGUCGUGCCGGGCGUUAUCUCCGAGGAGCUGCGGUCCAUGAUCUACCACAGCACGUACAGCGCGAACGCGAUCCAGAUGUCGCUGCGUGUUGCCAGCUUGGUCUUCUUCGUGCUUUCGCUCGUGAUGCUGCUGGCCCGAUUCUACUGCUGUUCGAAGGUGACCAACAGUAUGAAGCGCGACGAGCAGGAACGACACUCCGCGCAAGUGCGCUACGAAGAAAAGGCGCAAGAACCCACCCAAGUGGUAUGCGAAAACAAACUGGAACAGAUCAAGCAGCAGGACAGCAAGCCGGAGCAGAAUCAGAAUACUCUUUACCCCACCUUAACCACACAUUAA